GCGACAGUCGAAUGCUUCAUUCAGUACAGUCAACGUGAUUCAAGGCAAACGAGUCCCUGGUGCUUAUCUAACGAACAAAUUGCUUAUCAUUUAUCGUUUUUCUAUUCUUAAUCAUCAGUGUUAUUAAUUUUAUACCCUUUAUCGAUAAACGGUGCGGAUUUGCAGUUAAACGAUUGAUUUUUUUCAAAAUUGAACUCCAUCCGAUGUAUGUAUGUUGUAUUAAAUCAGUAUAUAAUAAUUAAACGUCUAUCUCAGCAAAUAUUAUUCUUAAUAUAAAAGUGAUGACCAAUUUAAAAAGGUGAUGGAUUUAUUGUGAUUUGUGGGAUUAAUUACAUUUUUCCGAGUGUAAAUUAUACAGAAUUUUCAUUCGCUAAUAAUAUCCAAAUUACAUAUUUUGUUUCAUGAAUUCAUGAAAAAUAUUUGUUUCAAAUUCUUAUUAUUGAACCUAUUUCAAGGAAUUAUAUUUCGAAUUGAAAUUAUCAUUGGUCUCGAGAAAGAUUUAAUAAAUUCUAGUCUUGUUCACUUAAUCAAAUAAUACUUACAUAAGUAGAUUUUGUCUGAAGAUUGCUUGAAGUUAAUCAUUGUAAAUGAAGUCAGCGAAUUUUACGUAAUACAUCAGAUUACCUAAGUGUUGUUUGAUGCUGUAAGCAUAAUUAUCUAACAUUAAAAUUAACAUUUUCAACUAAAGAAUUCAUUGAACAAAUUUACGACCGAAAUAAGGUACUUACAUUAGUUGAAAGGAGACAAAAUUAAAAAGUACAUAAUGUGUUAUAAAUUCGAUUCGAAAAAUCCAGUCUAAUGAUAAGUAAAAAGUAAAACAUUUUAAAGUCUAUAAAAGUCACAACAGUACAAAUUUUCAAGAACAUAAAAAGGAAAAGUAAUCGAUUUCAUUUAUACUAAAUGAAUAGCGAAAAAUAGAGCGAAGAAUAGUAAUACGUGAAGGAAACAGCGCAGCGGUCAAAGGCCAUCCAUCGUAAGUUCAACAUACUACGAGGAUGAAUGGAGUUCUUGUACAGUAAGAGACAAAAUUAAUCAUCAUCAAGAUCGUUGCGAUAAAGAAACGCGUUCAUAGCUACUAGGACGUCGCUUUUUUCUUUGUGUAAUGAAGAGAGAUUCUUAUCGAAGAUUCUUAAAAGAAGCCGAUUACCACAGGAAAGUUGAAGACAGUAGAAUACAAUUAAAAGCUUAAGCCCAAGUAUUUCUAUAAAAACUUAAGAACUCAAACUUUCUAUAAAAAAAUGAAAAAGAAAUGAGAAGAAAGAGAGAAGUAAAUAAGAAAUUACAAGGACUUAUGGAUAGAAGUUAAAUUUGUGUCAUUAAAAACGUUAAUGAAAGAUUUUCAGAAUAUCUAAUAUUGAAAAAUUAAUACAAUAUGGCAUCAACAGAAAGCGAAGAGAGCCGGAUGCUUGGAUGCGAUACGGUUGAUUAUGUAAAAAUAACUAAAGUCGAUAAUAUUUGCGAGGAUAUUGAAAACAACAACACUGAUGAUAAAGGCAAUAUUUUUGACGACAGAAACAUAGUAACACGAUUCUCAUCAAAUUCCAAAGGUGUAUUUGCACAGUGUUUGGUAUCUGGUGCAGUUUUGUUACUAGCAGCUGGUGGUGGAAUGCCAAUUGGUUAUAGUGCCAUUCUGUUGCCGCAAUUGGCUCAAAACAAUGGUACAAUGCAUGCUGAUAGGGAGCUUGGAUCUUGGAUAGCUUCGGUUCAUAGUCUGGCAACUCCAGUGGGAUCUCUAAUGUCUGGUCCACUCUUGGAUGGGAUAGGCAGGCGUGGUUCCUUACGACUUACAGCCGUACCACUUUGUACUGGAUGGAUCAUUAUGGGUUUCGCCCAGAACAUUCCUACUCUUUUAGUAGGAAGAGUUGUCUCUGGUCUCGCAGUAGGUUUAAUGGCGGUACCAGCACAGGUCUUGUUAGGCGAAAUGGCUGAUCCAGGACUACGCGGAUUUCUAACAGGAAGCACACUUGCUUUUUAUUGCCUCGGUAUCGUCAUAAUAUACGCCUUAGGGGCAACUUUAGCUUGGAAUAUGGUGGCUUUCUGCGGUACUAUACUUCCUGUUUUGGCAUUGAGUGCUCUACUCUUGAUACCGGAAAGUCCUACAUGGCUUGUAAGACAAAAGAAACCCGAAGAAGCAAGAAAAGCUCUAUUGUGGUUAAGAGGAGGAAACGCAAAACAGGUUAAUACUGAGAUAGCAAUUUUAGAAGCACGAACAAAAACGGAUUUAGCACGAAUGGAUUUAAACAUGUCAUUGGCUGAACAAGCUUCGGCAGCAAUUUCUACCAUUCUUGAUCCAAGUGUUUUAAAACCUUUAACAAUCAUUAAUGUCUUCAAUUUACUGCAAUUAAUCAGUGGAACGUAUGUUAUUGUUUUCUAUGCAGUAGAUCUCAUUGCAGAUAUUGGUGGCAAUAGCAUAAAUAAUUAUUUGGCAGCCGUAAUUACAGGGAUUGUCAGACUUUUAUUCAGUUCAAUUUCGAGCGUCUUAUUACUGAAAGUAGGCAGAAGAAGUUUGGGAAUGUUUUCGGCUUUCGGCACUGCCUUCGCCUCGUUAAAUCUUGCGGGUUACAUGUUAUUCAAAACAGAGUCAUCUUCUGCUGAUAUUUAUGUUAUCGGCAUUUGCUUACUGUUAUACGUGGGUGUAAAUACUUUGGGUCUGAUGACACUUCCGGCAUUAAUGGUUGCCGAACUACUUCCACAAAGAGCUCGAGGAAUCGGUGGUGGCUGUAACUUUUUCUUUUUCAAUUUGUUUAUUUUUAUAGUUACAAAAGUUUUCCCUAUGGUGUGCGAAACAGUGGGCAUUGCUGGCAUUUUUAUAAUCUUUGGAAUCUCCGCAAUUCUGGAAGGAGCAUUCAUCUACGUUGCACUUCCGGAAACAAACAAUCGUACACUUGAAGAAAUUGAAGAUUAUUUUCAGCAAAGCAAUUUACUUUGGGUAACUCGAUCAACGGAAAGGAGAAAGGAUGCUGCAUUUAUUAUGAAUAAUGUUUAAUUUUUCGACGCAACGAAUGCAAAAUUGUACAUAAUUGUCAUAAAAUAUUACAUAAUUGUAUCAUGUUGUAUACUUUAAAUACAUGUAAUGGUAAAUUA